GAGGCAGCGGUCGGGGCGGGCGGUGUUGGAUGGAGGGGCCGGUCCGGAUCGCCCGCGCGCUCUGGAAUGUGCUGGGGGCGGCUGCCGAGCGGGAGCGGGGGCGCUCUGGGCACGGCCAGCCCGGCUGCUGAGAGUUUUCUCAGUACCUUAUCUUAGUCUGGAACUCUGCUUUCAAUUUCUGUAAUCUGGCGCUAUGCAUCCGGAUCCCAGACCCUUACAGGCACUGCUCUUCAUCACUGCUACAGUUCUCUUCUCUGCUACAAGUUCAGAUUUGAUUCCUCAUUUUAUUUCUGAGCCCCUGGCUACUAUCCAGAAGCCUGGUGUGCCUGUAAAGCUUCAUUGCUCUGCUGAACCCUCCACAGCUCGCAUUUCUUGGAUGUUUAACGGACAGAGGUUGGACAGCAGGGUGGAGGAAGUGGAGGUGCAGCUAGGAUCUUUGACAAUCUUCUCUCUCAGCCCCUCAAAUUCUGGUCACUAUCAGUGCAUUGCCAAUUACAGUGCUGGUGCAAUUGUGAGCAGGCCUGCUGUAGUAUCCGUAGGCUAUCUUGAUGAUUUUGAUACUUCAGUGAAACACAUAGUUACAGCAGAAGAAGGAAGUGCUGCCUUCAUUGGCUGUAAGGUACCAGAAAGUAACCCUAAAGCACAAGUUCGCUUUCGAGUACGGGGAAAAUGGCUGGAACAAUCAACAGAUAACUACCUAAUUCUUCCAUCUGGAAAUCUGCAGAUUUUGAAUGUCUCUUUGGAGGAUAAAGGCUCCUAUAAAUGUGCAGCAUACAACCCAGUCACUCAUGAUCUCAAAUUAGAACCCACUGGACAUAAGCUCAUAGUCAGCCGCACUUCUGCAGAAGGCUUUCGCAUUCUUCACCCCACCGUUUCUCAGGCUUUGGCGGUACCUCAGCACAGUCCCCUAACUCUAGAGUGUGUUGUUAGUGGGUUGCCUGCAUCUCAUGUCCACUGGUUUAAGGAUGGUCAGGAUGCACUGACUGGAAGCAGGUGGAGACUGCUGCAUUCUCAUCUUGUGACUGACAGACUUGAUACAUUGGAUGCUGGAAACUACUCCUGUGUGGUGGCAAAUGAGUCUGGAAUAGUGAAAUAUAUAAAUUAUACAGUAACUAUACUUGAAUCUGCCUCAAUUUCUAAAGGACUGCAGGAUCAAACAGUGGCUGUGGGUGCAACUAUACAUUUCUCAUGUGACAUUCAUGGAAACCCUGCUCCUAAUCUUACCUGGUUCCAUAAUGCAGCUCCUAUCCAUCUGUCUCCACGACAUCUGGUCACAGGAAACAGGUUGAGAAUCAGUGGCAUCACCAAGGAGGAUUCUGGGUUGUACCAGUGUGUGGCAAACAAUGGGAUUGGUUUUAUGCAAUCCACUGGGAGACUUCAAAUCCAGACAGGCAAAGGUUCCAAGCCGGUUAUAGUUUCUUCACCAGCUAGUGCCAAUGUGGUAGAUGGUGGUGAUGUUACAUUGUCAUGCAAUGCCACUGGACUACCUGUUCCUGUAAUCCGUUGGUACAACAGCCAUGGACUUAUUACCAGCCAUCCCUCUCAGGUCCUACAUUCAAAACCACGAAAAUCUCCACAAACAAGAAGAGGCAGCACGAUUUUAGAACCCGUCUACUUCACCAUGUCUCGAGCGGGAUCGAGCUCCCUAUACAUUCAGGCAGUUACUCCAGAGCAUGCUGGGAAAUACUCUUGUGAAGCAACAAAUAAAUACGGCUCAGCGCUGUCCGACGCAUUUCUUACCGUUGUUCCUUUUGAAUCUAGUACAAAAACUGAAGAAGUCACUCCUAUGGAGGUUGCCCAAAGUGAUGAAGGCGAUGGAGAUUAUGAUACAGAAGUGGGGUUCUCAAAUUUGUCUCCGACAAAGUUGCAUCUUGAUGCAGUUGCUACAGAAAAGACACCCAAUGGGGCUUUGCCUCCCGAAGCCCCAAUCAUCCUCAGCCCUCCACAGACACUCAAGCCAGACAUGUAUAACCUGGUGUGGCGCUCUGGAAAGGAUGGCGGCUUGCCCAUCAAUGCUUACUUCGUGAAAUAUCGCAAGCUGGAUGAUGGUGUCAGUGUCAUGGGAAGCUGGCAUACAGUUCGUGUUCCUGGAAGUGAAAAUGAGCUGCUUCUCUCAGAACUAGAGCCCUCCAGCCUCUAUGAAGUUCUGAUGGUAGCGAGGAGUGCUGCUGGUGAAGGCCAGCCUGCCAUGCUUACAUUUCGCACCAGCAAAGAAAGAACAUCCUCCUCAAAAAACACUCAGCCCCCAUCUCCCCCACAUGGCAUUCCUAAACAUCCUGUCAUUCAGGAAGGGACAAAUAACUUUGGGGUGGUCCUUCCAGACCUGUCUCGACACAGUGGAGUUCCAGAAGCUCCAGAUCGCCCUGCUAUCUCCACAGCUUCCGAGACCUCUGUCUAUGUCACAUGGAUCCCACGUGCAAAUGGUGGCUCCCCCAUCACUGCCUUUAAAGUCGAGUACAAGCGUAUGAGCCGAAACAGUGAUUGGCUAAUUGCAGCCGAUAGCAUCUCUCCUUCUAAACUGUCAGUGGAAGUUCGCAACUUAGAGCCAGGAGCAACGUACAAAUUCCGUGUGAUUGCUGUUAACAAUUACGGAGAUAGUCCACGAAGCUCACCGUCUCGGCCAUAUCAAGUUGCUGGCUUUACCAACCGUUUUUCCAACCGCCCAAUCACAGGACCUCACAUUGCCUACACUGAGGCAGUCAGCGACACUCAGAUCAUGUUAAAAUGGACUUAUAUUACUUCAAGCAACAACAAUACCCCCAUCCAAGGAUUUUAUAUCUAUUACCGGCCAACUGACAGUGACAAUGAUAGUGAUUACAAGAGAGAGAUUGUAGAAGGUACAAAGCAGUGGCACUUGAUAAGCCACCUGCAGCCAGAAACAUCUUACGACAUUAAAAUGCAGUGCUAUAAUGAGGGAGGAGAAAGUGAGUACAGCAACGUAAUGAUGUGUGAGACGAAAGUGAAACGCACACCUGGAGCAUCAGAAUAUCCAGUGAAGGAUCUGAGUACACCACCUAAUUCUCCUGAUCGUGCCGGAGGAGGCAAUGCUGGCCCAUCAAAUGGCCCUGUUCGGAGCAGUGACAUGCUAUAUCUGAUUGUGGGCUCUGUCCUUGGAGUGAUGGUCCUUAUUCUGAUAGUUUUCAUUGCCAUGUGUCUGUGGAAGAAUCGCCAGCAAAACGCCAUGCAGAAGUAUGACCCUCCUGGUUACCUCUACCAAGGUGCAGAUAUCAAUGGGCAAAUGGUCGAAUACGCUACUUUACCAGGCACAAACCGCAUCAAUGGCAGCAUACAUGGAAACUUCAUCAGCAAUGGUAAUCUCAGUAAUGGCUGUCCACACCUCCAUCUCAAGGUUCCCAAUGGAGUUAAUGGGAUCAUGAAUGGUGGCUUGAAUGGAGGGACUGGCCUUUACCCGGGGCACACCAACUCUCUAUCCAGGACACACGUGGAUUACGAACAUCCCCACCAUUUAGUGAAUGGUGGUGGAGUGUACACAGCAGUGCCUCAGACCGACCCCUCAGAGUGCAUCACUUGCCGGAACUGUCGAAACAAUAACAGGUGUUUCACCAAAACCAAUGGCACUUUUAGCAGCAAGACACUACCUGUGGUGCCCAUAGUAGCACCUUAUCAACAGGACAGUUUAGAGAUGAAACCGAUGAAUCAUGUGAUGGUAGCCAUGUGUUUAGCCUCCACGGUCCCAGAACGCAGCGUCGAGAUGGAGGAAGACAGCAAGGAGAAAGUGGAGCAGCCAUCCACUCAGCAUUCUUGCUGUCAGGAAAAUAUGAAUCCGAUUAACAUAGAUUACCCAGAAGGUGACGUCUGUGCACAUUCGGAAACAUCAAAUCCUAUUUUGAGCUGGAGCCCUCUUAUUCUGCAGCCUGUUUCAAAGGACUGUAAUGAAAAAUCAGGAUGGAAUUCACCUGGUGUCCCUUUAAACAGCUCCGGGGACCUUCGACAGCUCCACACGCAGGAAACCUGAAGAAGCAGCAACUGUUUUCCCACUCAAAACCAGUAACUGCACAGCAGAGUCACGGACGAGGACUGAUGGAUGGGGUGUUAAUUAUAACAGAGAGAGUCACUAUUUAUUUUUUGUAGUAGUGUCAUGAAUGUAUCUUGUUUAAAAUGUUGGCCUUUUAAUAUUAUUUAUGCCUUGAGAAAUUCCUUUGUUUCUUCCACACCCUGUGGAAUUAGCCUGGUUAUGUAUAAAGUUUUGUAAUAAUAUAAAGAACAACAAUGGGAAAUACAGAGUGUGUUUUCCAUGGAUAUUACCAGCAUGAGAAGCACUUCUGCAAAGGAGCAUUGAUGUUGAGUGUGCAGAUUUUCGAGUGGAUCUAACCCGAGUGGUUCUGAAGUUCAUAGCAGAUUAUAGCCACCCUAUAGAGCUGCUGUGUCACUGGCAUUUGUUGCAAUAUUUUUACGGCUGAUUUGCCUGACUACAUUCAAAUGCUGCUGUUUCAGGCUCUCUUGAUGGAAAGAGAUUUGAUAAUGGAACCCCAGCAUAAUGAACCCCAGCCGAUCUGUUUAUACGAAUGGUACAGCUGGUCGAGUAGUAAUACAUCUAUUUGGGAGCCAGAGCCCUGCAUUCAGUUGGAUACUACUUAUCAUAUUUUUAGUUAUCUCCAAGUAUUGGAAAACCUCUAAUGUUCAGAGAAAAUUUCAUCAUUCCCCAAACUUUCAUGCCAUCUAACAGGACUGAUUUAUCUGAACAUUCUUACUGGAAGGUCACUAUUUGUUGUUUUUAAAAGUAUUCAUGAUCUAAUCAGGGAACAGAAAGUAUUCCAUAUGACUUGUGGGACCAGCUAUAUAAUAUACAUAAGGAAUAAUCUACAUGAAUAAUUUGUGAACAGCCUGGAGUCUGAGCAUUGUUUAUUCAAGCUCGUCAGCACAUAGUGAUUUCUCUGAACGUAUUUGUUAUUCUUGUUAAAGGCUCUCAACCAAAAAAGGCUGCUAAAUUCAGAAGAGUUAUUGGCAGCAACUCUCUUAUUAGCCAGUUGUUUUGCAUUCUUGUGCAUGUUUUAAAUUUCGCUGCAGGUAAAUCGGGCUCAAUUUUCUAAAUUUACAUCUUAAACCUGCUCAUGCAUGCGCACCUUGGGAUUGAUAAACCAAGAAUAAAUGCCGGCAGGUCAAAGUGAACUCACUCUGAAAUAAGCGACAGAGUCCUUUGGCACCUUUGUAGACCAACAGACGUAUUGGAGCAUAAGCUUUCGUGGGUGACAUGCAUCUGACG